AUGGUCGUUAUGUACAACAUCAUGGGCCGCCAGGUCGGCUCCCACCACCUCGCCCUCGGUAUCCUGACCUCCCUCUUUGCCGGUAUUGGUUAUGCCUCAAGCGGUGGUGCCAAGAAGGUCACUGGCUCGACUCCCCCUAUCAACGCUUCAUCCAAGGACGAGGCCGACUUCAUUCAGUACGUCGCCUCUUUUUCUCUAUUGCCUGGGUCAGAAAGAGCAAGGAACAUCGGUCGGAUGAGACACGAAAGACCAGAACACAAGCAUCGAUCAGAAACGCCGAAACAAAUGCUGACAAGGCGUUCCCGCAAACAGGCAGUUCCUCAAGGAGAGCGAGAAGAAGGAAGCCAAGCACUAGAUUCUGGAAGCCAGCAAAGCAAUAUAUCCUCCGAUCAGACAGAAAAGCUAUGGGAAUUACGAGUCAAAGCCAUCUCGUGUGUAUAUAUACUCUACACUGAUGUCCCUCCCCGCAACUGCGACGAACUGGCGUGGGGGAUGUCUUUUGAAUUGAUGAAACCCGCCGAUUCAAAAUUAUUCUAG